CUCUUAUUAUUUCUAUAUUAUUGUUGAUAAAGUAUAGCUGAGGAAGUAUAGCGCCGCCAAGGCCUUGGCAGUCACCACAGCCGAUCAUGAGCGGCCUUCUUCCAUCUCCUUUGGGUCAUUCAUCUUUCACCUCUUAGAAAGUCAUGGGAACUCAAAUCCACAGAAGAGAGAGUUCAACCACAACAACACCAUCUCAGCGGAAUCCCCUGUUCACCUGCGACGGGAUGGUCCUAAUUCAGAUCUGCUGACCAGAGAUAAAGGCCACACUCCGUGGCUUACUGAGACCAGGCGAAGACCAAUCCUGCGACGGCGAGACCUCAAUAUCGACGACAGAUCCAAACGAUUCAGAGUUUACAAUCACAAAGUUGGGUCAACAACAACGACUCAGGGAUCUUGGUCCAAAUGAGUUCAACCGGCCAGAGGCUUUCAAUCAUUUGGCACAGCAGUACAGCAGCGAGCAAAUAUUGGGUUCCCAGUUCGACAAUCAAGCAUUAGGCAGAGCCGCAGAGGCCAUCCAAGAAGGUUGACAAGCAAUCGGGAAAUAGUCAAAUAGGUAUCAAUGUUUUCCAGAGGCAUCAAAUGGAUUGAAACUUAUCAUUGAGAGCAAAACAUUUUGUUUCGAAUAUCUGAAACAAAAUGUGGCAUUUCAUCUAGUGUUGAAAUUGAUAUUGAAAGCAUUAUUUGGCUAAGGGACUCCAUUUAUACUAUUCUAUCUGAUAACUGGUCUUGCACCAAAUUGGAGCUCCAGAAUUCUUUUUCUAUUUUCUAUGAUGUUAAUUGGAGCUCGAGAAUUUAUUUGGCGGUUUCUUCCGUAUCAUUGAGAGGGGUGUCGAAUCUUUGUAUAUUCUCGAGGGAAGGAAUGGAUUAGGGAUUAAGCUCUUUCUGUCACGGAUUAUGAAAUCAGUCAUUUUGUUGAAAGAAGUCAAAGUCAAACAGCCACCUCUACUACUUGAACAUAGUCCAAGGAAAAACACUAAUUUUGAGUGGGAUCUUGUCACCUUGGAUAGAGAUCUCCCUCUUAACGAGCUUUCAAUUUCUGGCACUCUUUUUCAAAUUGAUGUUGAAAAGUCUGACCUCUGUGACCAAUCUUUGGUGCUCCGUUCUGAAAUUGACUCCUCAUUAUCACAUCUUAAUGAUUUCUUGCCCAAUUUCUUGAUUUCGUUGUCACACCAUAUGAGGACAAGAUCCCAAACUCGCGAGGAACCUUGAUAUGAGGUUUUUUUUAUUGAGGGGGGUUUCUAUUGUACUUGGGGUUAGUUAUUUACUUUCUCGUUUUUUUCUUUGUUUCUUUUUCCGUGCUUUGUUUUUGUACUUUCUUUUUCAUUAAUAAAAUAUCUUUUUAUAAAAAAA